UUCAGUAUCUUGUGAUUCGUGUUGGUGUGUGUUCCUCGUCGAGGUGUUCUGUUCAUUAAUUAUUGUAAAAAUGUUAUAAGUCGAUACUUGAAAAAUAAUUAUAAUUCGCGUUUGCUGUAAUUUUAUUCUUGGGCUCAGUUAAACCAACUCCAGCAAAAUGUUGCCACCUAUUGUCAUAGGCUUACUUCUAUUAGCUUGCAAUGUUCGAAGCGAGGUGAGCCAAGACAGCCCUGUGGAACAGAUAGUCAAAGAUGUCAAAGAUAUCAAAGAAUCGAAUAUCACAGGCAUGGAUAAAUUAGCAAAAGUAUACAAGGAUUUUGAAAAUCUGACGCUCGAUGUUGCAAGCGUACCAUCUGUAAGAUAUGGCGAAGAUAGUCUACGGGAAGAGUGCGAAAAAAACGGUGGAAACGGAACGUACGAGGUCGCAUUGAAAGCAUAUCAAGACUUGAGAAAAUGCUUCACAGGAAUUGUUUCGUUUGCAGAGUUACCAGCUAAGAUUAAGAAAUCCAAACCCUACGGAGAACUGGAUACUGUGUUCAAAGAAUACUGCUCGAAAACUCUAGAUAUCCGACGUUGUGUGACAACUUACCUCAUUGCAAUGGUCCCUUGCAUGGACGAAAGGCAUAAGUAUAUCAGAUUUCACGCGCAUGAAGCCAUCGAAUCGAUCAUGGAUUUCGUUUGCGAAAACGAAGGCGAUCAUAUCGCUCUAUUUAUAUCGGAAAAAGGACCUGACUGCAUUUUGAGUAAACAAGCCGGUAUCAAGAAAUGUUUCGAUGAAAAACUGCCGAAAAACGGUUCUCGUUGGAAGGAAGAUCCGAUAGAUUUCUCGCAAUUCAAUUUUGCGAAUCUUACGGCCGAAGACGAAUUCAAAAUAAAAGAUUUAGGGUUCGAUUUAACUCAAUGCAGGAUCGCCUACCAAUUACGAAAAUGUAUCGUAGAAGAAUUAACCACUUGUUCUGGUUCAACACCGGCCAACGUUGUCGAUUCGAUGUUCAAUCUUGUUCAUAAUAAGUCGUACUGUAACAAGUAUAAAAUGGAAGACAUCGAUCCGGAUUACAACGGUGGUACUUCGUUGUUUACAUCGUUGUUCUCAGUUAUCCUACCAGCACUGACUGUUUUAUUAGUAAGAACUUUCAGCAGUUAGUAUACAGUUAAACUGCCCAGUUCGAAUAUACUGGACCCUAGGUAAAUGUUUUUUCUGUUUUCUUUUGUAUCAGUUCAAAACUUCUCUGUCUCUCUCUCUCUCUAUGUAUAUUUAUUUUCUCUCUAAAAAAAAAAGCGUGAAAACAGAUCAUCAUUUUUUAAUACCAAUUUGUAUUUUUUAUUAUUGAAACUAUUCGCGCGAUGUAAUGCUCAAAUUAAAUAAAGAAAGAGUGUUUCGCGUGUGCUGUUGGUGUUUUGUGCGUACCUAUUGAUUACGGAAUUUUUCGAUUGUUUUCGAACUUAUCGAUUGUAUAUUUUAGCGAUAUUUCUUAAUUAUUUUAUUCUUCAAGCUCAAAUGUGAUAAUUUUGUUUUAUUUGAUAUUUUUUAAGAAGAAAUCUCAAUUUUAUUGCUGUGUUGAUGCUUGGCAAUGACACUCGCAACUCGAUAUCGAAAUCUGUACGAUUUCUAUUUUAUUUAUUUUUCAUAUCUGAAUCAAAAUCAACAAUCAAGUUGUCGUGAUACGUAAUUUUUUAUCAUUGUUUAUUGUAUACCUAUAGUAUAGGUGUUGAUGCAAAUGCAAUUUUAUAAUAUUCGUCUUGUGAUUGUACAAUCAUUUUGUUUGUGGAGUAAUUAAAUAUGAAAAUGUUGGGAAAUGAAAUAAAUCAUCGAACCGUU